CGACAAAAAAAAAAAAGUGUAAAAUUUCAUCAACAAAUGAUAAAAAUAAUAACGACCAAGCAACAUUAUUAACUUUGAUUAGUUCAUCGCCUGAAAAUAAGAGAGUCAGGAUCGAAACAUCAGACGAACAAUCAUGGUUUCAACAUGAUGAAAUUAACAUGCAGCAACUUUAUGAAAUUAAUAUGCAGAAUGCACAAUAUGCAACUUCCCAUGCGAUCGUCAGCUCACUACAUGGUAUUGACGCACAAUUCAUAAAUUAUUUUGUAAUAUCACCUACUGUUAGAAAAAAUGUAAACGCACCAAAUUUAGCCGAACAAUCGUAUGCUUUGUCAUUAUCAAAUAUCAUCUCCGCUUUAGACGCAAAUGCUCUACGUGUUGGAAAUACUUCACAAUAUACUUCUAAUAUAGAUGGAAUUGGUGCUGUUAAUCAAAUGAAGAUUAGUAAAUAUGAUCUUGUCUUCAUGAAAAUUGUUUUACCAAAGUUGGAUGACAUUUCAACAGCUCCACACCAAUUAUUAGCAUUGCAUCAAGAUUGUAGUUUUUAUCUUUCAUAUAGAAUGAAUGAUGUUCUUGCCAAGCCAUUUAGCAAAUCGAUGUUUCUUAAGAUGUUAGAAAAUUAUUGUUCACAUCUUGUCAUGCCAAAAUUCCAGAGUAUUUCAAGACCAUUUGGUGUCUCCGAUAUGUCAAAAUCAGCUUUUAAUAGUGAUAUGUUUUCUCACUCUUCAGAUACAUCGGUUGGAGAAAAAAACAAUAAGCAUCAUGAUAGUUUGAUUUCAAACCAAUUAGCCUUGACCGUGUCUGACAGGUCAUUUUAUUUCGACUAUAUACAGGUUAUGAACAAUCUAGCCAAUGCAUCUUCAGGUACUAGUUCUUUUAUACCUACUAUUAAUAUACCAAACAUACCAACAUCGACUCAAAGUGGACAGAUAUCUACAACGAAUGUAGGAACAUUGAUAAUAACGUUUGCCAAUAUUACAGAGAAUGAUGAUAAUCCUCCACCAUGA